AUACCCAAUCGAAUUCCCCACCCCCUUUUCCCUUCAAACAACCAACACUCGUUUCUGCGCAUUGAAGGUGCGGUCCUCACCUGUAUGUUGCUUUCUCUCAACUGAAAAUCACCAAACUCGAUCAACGAUCUCGCGUUUGUUGAAAUCUCAGAGCCACUCACUUAUCACACACACGGAAAAAGCUAAAAAUGGAGAACUCUGCGAAUAAUCAGGGCAUUAUGGUGCCUCCAGUUGAAGGUGUUGCUGGAGGAGGGACGGCAUAUGGAUGGAAUGAUAGUGGCUUUCAUGAUCCAAGGCCACUAAGGGGCGCAAUUGAUCCAAUGAAAGUUCCAUCUGCAGAGUUAGUGCAUGUAUGGUGUAUGCCAAGCACGUCAAAUGUCGGAGCACAAGAAAUGCCACGACCUUUAGAACCUAUAUCUCUUCUAGCAGCAAGAAAUGAGAGGGAAAGUGUUCAGAUUGCCAUACGUCCCAAAGUUUCUUGGGGAGGAUGUGGUAUGGCAGGAGCCGUGCAGGUUCAAUGUACUGACCUAUGUUCCUCUACUGGUGAGAGGUUGGUAGUUGGGCAGUCAUUGACAUUGCGGCGAGUGGUGCCUGUCUUAGGCAUUCCAGAUGCACUUGUACCCCUUGAUAUGCCAGUCUCUCAAAUAAACCUACUUCCUGGAGAAACAACUGCAAUUUGGGUUUCUGUAGAUGUUCCAAGUGCACAACCUCCGGGUCAAUAUGAAGGGGAGUUCGUCAUUACUGCUACCAAAGCAGACGCAGAAUGUACAGAGCAAAGCCUGGGCAAAGCUGAGAAGCAUCAACUUUACAGAGAACUUAGGAAUUGUCUUGACCUGGUGGAGCCCAUUGAUGGAAAACCAUCCGACGAAUUGGUAGAAAGAGUGAAAUCUGCAACCACAUCUUUAAGAAGAGUUCUUCUGUCGCCAUCAUUUGCUGACUUCUUUUCAGAUAAUGGGCCGGUGGAUAUGAUGGAUGAAGAUGCUAUUUCAAACCUUUCAAUACGCAUAAAGCUAAGUUUGAUGGUCUGGGACUUUGUUCUGCCGGCGACACCUUCCCUUCCUGCUGUUAUUGGUAUAUCUGAUACUGUAAUUGAGGACCGUUUUGGUGUUGAACACGGGAGUAAUGAAUGGUAUGAGGCAUUGGAUCACCAUUUUAAGUGGCUGCUCCAAUAUAGAGUCAGCCCAUACUUCUGCAGAUGGGGUGACAGUAUGCGUGUUUUGACAUACACUUCUCCAUGGCCAGCCAAUCAUCCAAAAUCAGAUGAAUAUUUUUCGGACCCACGAUUAGCAGCAUAUGCUGUACCAUAUCGUCCAGUAGUCUCCUGUGGCGACAUGGAAAAGGACUAUUUGCAGAAGGAAGUGGAUAUCUUGAGGACAAAGAGUCACUGGAAAAAAGCCUAUUUUUACUUAUGGGAUGAGCCAUUGAACCUGGAACAAUAUGAUUCUCUUCGCAAUAUGGCUAUUGAGAUUCAUGCAUAUGCACCUGAUGCCCGUGUUUUGACAUCUUACUACUCUGGCCCCAGUGAUGCACCCCUUGCUUCGAAUAAUUUUGAGGCUUUUCUGAAGGUCCCAGAGUUCCUUCGGCCCCAUACUCAAAUAUAUUGUACCAGCGAAUGGGUUAUCGGUAAUCGAGAUGAUUUGGUAAAGGAUAUAAUUGCAGAAAUACAGCCAGAAAAUGGUGAGGUAAUACUUUAUGUUAGUGUCUGUUCCUGGUUCUGAAAAUGUAAUGUUGGUCGGAAAUAAUUGGUUCUUGCUGCAUAAUUAAUAGUUGCUUCAGUUCUCUUCCUUCAUAAGAUGUGAGUAUAAAUCUUUUGGUUCAUAUAGAUCCUUUCGUGUCUGCGUUGACUGCAACUGGAUGGUUGUUCAUUCGAGGUGCGCAUUAUAUUGUCAAUUAUUGAUGCAAUUGGAAUUGGUACUCGUUAACAAAAUUCUCUAAAUUUAUCCUACCGAUUUGAUAUGACAUAUUAACAUUGUAAUUAAUUUUGAACCCCUUAUUUAUGAUAAGAACUAGCUUUAUAGCCGUCAUAUUCUUGUUUAGUGUAUUAAUAAAGUAGGCCAGGAGGCAUCUUGGUUUACAAAUUCUAUUACAUGGAGUUGCUGAAACACCAAUCACUAUAUCUUACAUUUAGAUGAAUAGAAUAUUUUUCUCUUCAUCAUGCACAGUGUCAAUGAUGGGAGCCUGCUUCUUUUCACAGGAAUGGUGGACAUAUGUGUGCAUGGGACCAUCUGAUCCUCAUCCUAACUGGCACUUGGGGAUGCGAGGUACGCAACACCGUGCUGUGAUGUGGCGUGUGUGGAAGGAAGGUGGAACAGGUUUCCUUUAUUGGGGUGCCAACUGCUAUGAGAAGGCAACGGUUUCCAGUGCGGAGAUUCGAUUCAGGCGUGGGCUUCCCCCAGGUGAUGGGGUCUUGUUUUAUCCUGGUCAAGUGUUCUCGUCUUCGUACCAUCCUGUUGCUUCAGUUAGACUAGAGCGACUAUUGAGUGGCUUGCAGGACAUCGAGUACCUCAAGCUCUACGCCUCAAGAUUUGGUAGGGAUGAAGGGGUUGCGCUGUUGGAAAAGACAGGCAUGUACCUUGGUCCGGAGCGUUACACUAUUGAACACAUGCCAAUAGACGUUAUGCGGGGUGAGAUUUUCAGGAUAUGCGGAUCAUAAAUCUUUUAGUAUCUUCAUAAGUCUUCCCAUGUUUUUAUGUUUUUGUUUUAUUUGAUAGCUUCAGCUAGUUUUGUAUUGAUAAUGUAUAUUUACCCAUUAUCAGAGUAACAGUCAUUAUAUCUUUUAGUUGCAGUGGGCAUUUGUUUCUUAAUCAUAAAAUAUAGCGCAUUGUGAUGACUUUGAACCGUAAGUUCUAUAUUUCGACAGCAAACUCUGUUCA